AAAAAUAAGAAAAAAUUUGUGGUAAUGGCCAACAAAGUCAGAAAGUGGACCUGGCUGGCUGUGGGUGGGCAACCCAUCACCCACGGCGCACAUUAGUUUCCAACCCCCCUCACACCUAAGCGGUGGUAUCAUCGAUCCUAGUAGAUCUCAAAAUCAGCCGCACACCCCUCCCCACCCUCCCCCCAAUCAAUAUGCCACCAAACCCCACUUUCACCACCACCACCCGCACCCACUCUCCCAUCCUCAACUAUCUUUCUUUUUUUUCUCUACGUUUUUUUCUCUCAAUUUCCCCCUUCUUAACCUACGCCCUCCUCCUCCCUUAACCUACACCCUCCCCCACCAUCAUGUCCUCCUCUCCUCCACCCCCAGAUCCAAUUUCCCAAGACCCACCUACUCUCGCUUUACCAGCGCCGCCGAUACAACCACCGUCUGUCAACCCCCGCCGCCUCCCUCCGCCUUGUUGGUCACACGAUGAAACCGUCGCUUUGAUCGACGCUUACCGUGAGAAAUGGUACGCCCUCCGACGUGGUAACCUCAAGGCCACCCACUGGCAAGAGGUCGCCGACGCUGUCGGUGGACGAUGCCCCGCUGCCUCCCCACCGAAGACGGCCGUCCAGUGCCGUCACAAGAUGGAGAAGCUACGGAAACGUUAUCGUACUGAGAUCCAGCGUGCAAGAUCCAUGCCUCUCUCUCGAUUCUCAUCUUCUUGGGUCCACUUCAAGAGAAUGGACUCCAUGGAGAAAGGUCCAUCGACGAAACCGGCUUAUAAUUCAGACAGCGCAGAUGAGGACGAAAACGAUGACGAAGAUGACGAUGAUAUUAAUCAAGAUUUGUAUCAAGAACGGCCUAAUUUUAAGAAUGGUGUAGCUAACACGAGGAGUGUUCAUAAUUUGUAUCGUAAUGGAAUUAGUACGGGACCUAGUAGUGGUGGUGGGAGUAGUAGUGGGUUUAGAAUCAGAAUCCCCACCGGAGUUAGUAUAGCCCAACCUGGGCCUAAGAUUUAUGCAAAGAUCGGAAACCCUAACCCUAAUGCUAACCAUACUCCUAAUUUUAACCCUAAACCAAAUUUUGGGAGUCCAGGGUCAGGUUCGGGGUCAGGGGUGAAUUAUGGGACAAGGGUUUUGAGAGGAUGUGAAGAAACGCCAAUUGCGAAGAGAGAAAGGGAACCAAUGGCGGAGAUGGUGGCGGCUAUAAAGAUGUUGGGAGAUGGUUUUGUGAGAACGGAACAGAUGAAGAUGGAACUGGCAAGAGAGCUUGAAGCUAUGCGUAUGGAUAUGGAAAUGAAGCGUACGCAGAUGAUUUUGGAGUCUCAACAGCGGAUUGUGGAGGCUUUUGCUAAGGCUGUUUCAGAAAAGAAUAAGAAGCCCAAAAGAAUGCCCACCCCUGAGUCUUAGAAGAUGAUCCCUGUAACGGCUUUUGUUUAUUUCUAAUGUAAGAUUGCUAGUUUUUUAUUUUUAUUUUUUAAGUUAGAUUAAGAAGGUAUAUUAUUGUAGUUGUGUUUUCAAGGUUUUAUUCUUUCUUAGGACGAAUCUGCAACUUCAUUAGCUCUUGUUUUUUUAUUUUUAUAAAUGUGGUUUCGUAUUGUGACUCGAGGCAUAGAACUGAGUUUUUUUUUUUUUUGUUAAUAUUUUGCUCUGUUCUAAUUCCUAAA